CCGGGUCCUGCCUCGGUGCCCGCCAUGGUGUCACGGGACCAGGCUCACCUGGGCCCCAAGUACGUGGGCCUCUGGGACUUCAAGGCCCGGACAGACGAGGAGCUGAGCUUCCGAGCGGGGGACGUCUUCCACGUGACCAGGAAGGAGGAGCAGUGGUGGUGGGCCACGCUGCUGGACGAGGCGGGUGGGGCCGUGGCCCAGGGCUAUGUGCCCCACAACUACCUGGCGGAGAAGGAGACGGUGGAGUCUGAACCGUGGUUCUUCGGCUGCAUCUCCCGCUCGGAAGCUGUGCAUCGGCUGCAGGCCGCGGGCAAUGCUGAGGGUGCCUUCCUGAUCAGGGUCAGCGAGAAGCCGAGCUCCGACUACGUCCUCUCGGUGCGGGACACGCAGACCGUGCGACACUACAAGAUCUGGCGGCACGCCAGGGGCCGGCUGCACCUGAACGAGGCGGUGUCCUUCCCCAGCCUGCCCGAGCUGGUGAACUACCACAGGACCCAGAGCCUGUCCCACGGCCUGCGGCUGGCCGCACCCUGCCGGAAGCACGAGCCUGAGCCUCUGCCCCACUGGGACGACUGGGAGAGGCCAAGGGAGGAGUUCACGCUCUGCAGGAAGCUGGGUUCCGGCUACUUUGGGGAGGUCUUCGAGGGGCUCUGGAAAGACCGGGUCCAGGUGGCCAUUAAGGUGAUUUCUCGAGACAAUCUCCUGCACCAGCAGGCGCUGCAGUCGGAGAUCCAGGCCAUGAAGAAGCUUCGGCACAAACACAUCCUGGCACUGUAUGCCGUGGUGUCCGCGGGGGACCCCGUGUACAUCAUCACUGAGCUCAUGGCCAAGGGCAGCCUGCUGGAGCUGCUUCGCGACUCUGAUGAGAAAGCCCUGCCUGUCUCAGAGCUGCUGGACAUCGCAUGGCAGGUGGCUGAGGGCAUGUGUUACCUGGAGUCGCAGAAUUACAUCCACCGUGACCUGGCCGCCAGGAACAUCCUCGUCGGGGAAAACACCCUUUGCAAAGUCGGGGACUUCGGGCUGGCCAGGCUCAUCAAGGAGGACAUCUACCUCUCCCACGACCACAACGUCCCCUAUAAGUGGACGGCCCCCGAAGCGCUCUCCCGAGGCCUUUACUCCAGCAAGUCUGACGUCUGGUCCUUCGGGAUUCUCCUGCAUGAGAUUUUCAGCAGGGGCCAGGUGCCCUACCCAGGCAUGUCCAACCAUGAGGCCUUCCUGAGGGUGGAUGCCGGCUACCGAAUGCCCUGCCCCUCGGCGUGCCCGCCCAGUGUGCACAAGCUGAUGCUGACCUGCUGGUGCAGGGACCCUGAGCAGAGACCCUGCUUCAAGGCCCUUCGGGAGAGGCUCUCCAGCUUCACGAGCUAUGAGAAUCCCAUCUGAGCUGCUCUGGAGGGCACGGCCAGGCCCUGCCGAGGAGGGGCCUGGGCCACUGCCUGGACCUGGGGUCAAGGCCCACACGCCGCCCUGGGGUUACUGAGGUGAUGGGUGCAGGAAAGCUUCACAAAUGAGCAGUGCCUGGGUCCUAUCCACAAGCGUGCUGCUCUCGUUAACCUGUCCUGUGAGACGGAAUGCCUGUGUCCCGUACACGGCUGAUUCUCUCGUUAACCUGUCAUGUGUGCCUUGGGUCUCAGCUGCCGACAGGCAGCCUGCUCCGAGCCCACAGAUGAGAUGCCGGGAGACUGACUCGAAGCCAGCGGAGAUCAGAGGGGAUUCUGACCGCAGCCGCUCUCUGGGUGUCUGUCUGCAGUGCCCAGUUGAGGGUGGGACGCAAACACUCUUGUCCCUGCUUUUCCCAGUUCAGCAUGGCAGGAGGAAGCCAUUCGUGUGGGUUGUGACUCUCGUGUAAAUUUGGUUUUGGUACAAACGGAUCCUUUCCUCCCAGGGGCAGCUGCUUUUCUCCUGUUGGGCUCAUGUUCUGAGAGCUUGGCUUUACAAAGGGUGAGAACGCUCUCCCUGGCCUCUGCCAGCCUGAGCAUCACUGCCGGACGCGCCAGCCCCUAGGGGGCUUGUAAAGGGAGGUUUCCCGCCCACAAGGGCUUUUGCCACCUCCACGUCUGUCACUGGGUCAGUGCUGGACAGCCCCCUCCCUCCUGUGCUGACAAAGGCCUUUCUCUGCUGUCUGUGGGGUGGUUCCGGGCUGGGGGGCUGCCUCCUUUGUACCCCCUUUUGAAGGUGUCUCUUUCAUCCAUGGUUAGGUCAUAAAAAGCUUAUUGGUUUUGGUUCUGAGUCACUUGAAAGUCUUUUUGGUUUAAAAUAAGAACA